AUGUCAACGCUGAAACAGGAUCUUAUUCUAUUCGCUGAUACAAGCAUCAUUCCUCGUGGCUCGAAGGUGUGUGGCACAAUCACACAUACACAGGGGACCUCGCCGGCGUGGUUGGUUGAGUCUCUUGUAGAGAACGGGCUCUUCGGCACGUGCAGUAUCAAUGCUGAUGGAAAGGCCAGUAGAAGUUUGAGAGGCGAUGUUGUUCUCAUCUCUCUGGUGCACGACGAAGGGUUUUACGACUUGAAGAGGAACUCUAUAGCGUUGGGCGAAACCCCACAGUUCCACUUUGUCGAUCUGUUUACAGACCUCUUUGGCAAAGUUGGCGAUGUCGAGCACCUGAACAAGACGUUUGACCAGCUGGCGUCUCAGAUCGACCAGUAUACAUCAGAGCAUAAGACCGUGCUGAUAGAAGGGCUCGAGUUCCUCAUCGGGGCUACACAGCUCACGGCGUCGCACAUCCUGAACCAAUUGACAAAGCUACAGAGGGUAUCGCAGGCAAUAUUCGUCAUCUUGGCAGCUGAUAAAGAACUGGUCCAGCUCAAGGUGAACGACAGCUCGUUAAUUGAAUUCAGGAUGAAUGAGCUGCUCACGAGACUGAUUCACCGCUCUCACCUGGCCAUCUCUCUAAGACCUCUUGAAACAGGCAAGGCAAAAGACGUCACCGGAACGCUAACCAUAUCCAGAGGUGCACUGCCUUUUGAAGGCUCUACAGAGGUGAUGGAGAAAGAGUACCUAUUCCUAACGUCCAAAGACCAGCAGACAAAGCUGUUCCUUAGGUAGUUGUAGCCAAUCACGUU